AUGAAUUAGGAUUAUGAAGUUAUAAAAACAAUAUAUAACUAAGGAUAUAGAGGAAAAUUAUAAUUGGUAAAGUUGAAAGAAGACAAUUCAGGUACUUUUUACUUAUCCUUGCACUUAUCAAAUAUAAAUAUUUCAGAUUAAGAUUUUACAAAGCUAAGAAAGCUUAAAUUUCUAAACAUCAUUCAGCCUUAUAAUUAUUAUGAAGAAAAAUAUGAAAAAAUCUUAAUUUUUCCAGAUCUAUAACUUUAUAAGAUAAAGCAGGAAUAAAUGAACUAAAGUUAUUAUAGAAUAUUGCUUCAAUUAGCUCUAAGUAAGAAUAAAAUCUAAAUAUAGCAUACGCUGAGCUUGAGAAAAGAUAAUGUAUUUGGCCUCUUAAUUCAUUAGAUUAAUUAUACUAUGCAGCAGAUAUUUUAUAUAUUUCUUUAAUAGAAUUCGAUUUUUUUAAUCCCAUUAUUUAAUAAACUCCUUUUUAAAUUUUCAAAAAGUUUGCUCUCUAAUACUUUUCAAUAUUAAUUCCUGAUAUACAAUAUUAUUUGUAAUAGAAUUAGUUCAAACCAAUUAUUGAUUUUCUUUUAGAGAAGAACGGAAAUUUACAUAGAAUGAAUUAUUUGAAUCCACCAUAUGAAAAUGUCUUGAUAUUUCUCUUAUCUCAGUAAACCCCAUUAUAACUUUAAUCAAUAAAUGAAAUAGGAAACUCAGUUGUUAAGGGUUUCAAUACACCAGAAUCUCUCAAAUUAACUAAUCUUAAACUUUGUGAUUAAAUAGUUUACAAAUCAACUAAAUUUCAAUCAGAUGAAUUUAAGGAAUAGAUAUUAUAAAAUAUUUAAAGAGAAAUUGAGUUAAUGGAAUUGUGUUUUAAUUCAGAAUACUUAGUUACAUGUUUUGCUUAUAUAAGAAUUUUUGAGUUUUCUUUUAUUUUACAAAAGAAAUUUGUUGGAACUUUAGCAGAGUUUUUGGCUAAAUGGUAAUAGGAAGAGAAAAAUAGACCAGAAAAAUAGACAAUCAAAGAUGUACUCUUAAUGGCAAAUAGAUUUGCACUAGGUAUUCAUUAAUGAAUAUAAAGCACUUAAAUCAUUGAAAAAAAUAAAUAUUCUACAUAGAGAUUUAAAACCUGAGAAUUUGUUUAUAGAUCAUAAUGAAAUUCAUCAAAGUUACAUAUAUAUAGCUGAUUUUGAUCGUUCCAAAUCUAUUGAUGGAUAAAUGGGUGAUGCUAUGACUACUUAAAAUGCUUAAUGUACUCCAAAGUAUGAUCCUCCAGAAACUAGCUAAUCAUUUGAAUAUGAUAUCUUUUAAUUCGGUCUCAUCAUAUUAACUAUUGCAAACAAAGGCAAGUAUAUAGGAAAUGAAAAAUAAGGACCAAGAUAUUUCACCUAAUAAGAACAUGAUCACUAUUAUAGUAAAGAAGCCAUUAAAAAAGCACUUAGUCAUACAAAUUAUGAUUAAUAAUUUAUUGAAAUCAUUGCUCAAUGUCUUUAAAGAAAACCAGAAGAAAGGCCUAAUAUUUAAUAGAUAUAUUCGAUUAUUAAUCCAUUAUAUUUAGCUACCAAAAUACAAAAAGUUCGAGAAACCUUACCCUCCAACUAAAAUAAAGAACAGCUUGAGUAAUAGACUAAAGAUAACGUUAGAUUUUAAAGUUAACCUUCACCUAAUUCAAAUGAGUAAGCAUCUUUAAAAUUGAUUCCUAUUAACAAUAACUUGCAAAAUGUUUAAAUUUAAUAACCUAAUGAUAAUUAAUUUAUUUAAGUUAACUAUUAAGGAUAAUAUUAAUAAUAGCAAUAAUAUUAAUAAUAACAACAACAAUAAUAAUAAUACUAAUACUAACCAUAAUAAUAAUAAUAAUUCUAAUACUAACCAUAAUAAUAAUAACAAUAAUUCUAAUACUAACCAUAAUAAUAAUAAUAAUAAUAAUAAUAAUAAUAAUAAUAAUAAUAAUAAUAAUAAUAAUAAUAAUAAUAAUAAUAAUAAUAAUACUAGCCAUAAUAAUAAUAAUAUAAAGAAUAUAGUACAGCAACUGGAAAAUAAAUUAAGUUUGUUAAAUAAUAAUCAAUUAAUUCUCCAAACAAUCUUAAUUAAGACGGCAAUUAAGAUCUUAUUUAUGGUUAAAAUAACUAGGUUUAGAAUGUAAAUCAAAAUUAAAACAAUAAUUUUGCUUAAUAAACAUUAUUUAACAAUGUAAAUAACAAUAAUGUCUAUCCAAAUAAUAUUAAUUAUACAAAUUUAUAGAAUAACUUUCCAACAUAAUCACCAUAAUAACAAAUUUUAUAAUUAACUCCAAAUUAAAGCCCAAUAUCCCAACAGCAAUAGUUUAAUAAUAAUUAAGAAGUAAGCCCUCUAAGUAAUUAAUCUCCCACUAGUAGAAAAAGUAUUAAUCAAAAAAUUAGACUCGUCGCUAUGUAAAAUAUUUAAUUAUAUUUUAGAACUGGUCCUAAUCAAUAGAAUUUUACUCCACAAUGAA